CAACAAGGUCCUCGCGCUUUUCCAAGUCUUCGCAAGCAUCCACACCAUUGGGACAUCGCAGACCAUCGCAGUGACGCGCUUUGCGCUCUGCAUGUCGCAUUUUCGAAUUUCCCCAACGACGGCUCCCAUUGCCGCCGAGUACGAUAUAUCGAGCUCCCUGGGCAAACACUCUCGCCCUCCCUGGGAGCCCGAGACGACGGGAGCUGUACGCUACGUGUAAGAUACAGUACAUUUUCCAUCACACUUGAACAGUGACCGUUAUUCCGGCAAGCGACCGAUCAUCAUCGACAGAAACUAUGGCCCACGACACUCGGCGAAAAGCCCUUCAGCGGCUUGCUGCUCUCGCUGCGACGAACUCCACAACGUCGUUCGACAAGUCCGAUCUUGACAGGUUGUGUAAGGCUGCACCAAACCGAACUGGUCCCCUGUCCGCUACCGUCAACGGCCAUGCUGCCUCGCUUCCCAAGCCCGAGGUUGGCAGAAUACCCAUGACCAUCCGCGAGUAUGAGGUCCUCAUCGCUCUUUGCAAAGCAGCUCCCGGCCUGCAGACUCCCCAGAGUGCCCAGAAACUAGUCCGUCAUCUCGUGCCCUAUCUCAUGGACGCCCACGUCCAGGCAUUUGCUCCUUCGCCUUUCUUCCGGAAGAUUGAGCCCUCUCCAACCGAGUCUUUGAGCUUCCACGUUACCGCUGCGUUGCUCUCUCUAGGGGCCCGUCAUGCUGAUGUCCAACAAACCAUAUCCGACAACAUCUCGGCCUUCCUCAAUGCCUGUGCCUAUGCGACAGAGAGUGUUUCCCGGGCUGACGACGAUGAUCCGGCGGCUGUAGAGGAUGCCAUCCGGACCGCCACUAUCGCUAUCGCCCUCUUGGGCUUUCUGAAUGCUGCCUGUGCUCAGGCCGAUUUCUGGCGGGCGGGCGGUCGUCUCGGGCUUGUGACUCGAGUCCGGGACCUCCUCUCCCAGCCGUUUCUGGUUGCCGUCGAGGCUGCCUUCUCGACCAUCCGUAAUUCGCACUCCCAUGACCGCCCUAUCAAGGACUGGAAACGAUGGGUGCGCCGCUACGACGAUAUCGACCGCCCUCUGGGCGCCAUGCUUUUGCAGCGAAGCUUCAUGAGGUUGCUCGUCGCUGCGACAUCGCUCUUAAUCGCGGAGGAAGACGCCCUGCGGGGAUCGCACGUGCUCGACGUCAUAAUGUCUGGGAAUGGCCUGCGCCGGCCUUUGACUGCCCGUAGUGCAGAGGCAGACUUUCGCUCGGUCGAGUUCUACGCUACCGUCGCCAUUGACCAGAUGAACUACCUCGAGUCGAGCGCCGAUUUUGACAGUCUGUCUCCGCCUAAGCAGAGACUCGCCUUCUCCGUCAAGGCAUGCGCCUUGAUCAGCUAUCUCAACGCAUGCACUUUGAAUGGAGAUGCUGCUGACAGCGAAGUCCUUAUGGCUUGGCUUGAGGAUGCCCUUGGAGAUGCCAUAGGCAUGGCUGAUGAAGAGCUCGCAACGGUAGUCCUUAAGUCCAUGGCACUGCUCUGUAGGGUAUCGCCUUCCUAUGCCAUCAAUGUCAGCAGGCUUCUUCCUCGGUUCAUAGUCCAAAGCGGUGCCACAAGUCAGGUCGUUGCCGUGGCGUCCAAGUCGCUCGCAUUUGUGCUGCGAAUGCUCUCCAAGGAUGCCGUCAUCACCACACUCUACACGCUCGGCAACGUUCUGAGUUCCGGUGACGACCGGCCUGUUACAAAAGGUACAAACGGCGACUCACGGCUCGACGGCCAUGAUGGCACUCACGUCUACACUGGCAGGCAAUCGACUGGCAGUUCCAUCUCACUGCAGGUAUCCGGCGAGGAGGAAUCGUUGAUCGUCCAGGGCAACGUUGUGCAGGCGGUGUGCGAGAUUGCCGGUGCCUGCAAAGACGAGAAGAUCACGGGUCUUGCCCAGUCAAUGCUUGCGCAGAAGAUUGUCAGGUUAAGUAGCCCUAUUGAUGCUCGGAUCAUCACUGGCGCCGCUGCCCUAGCCCUCAGCGGCGGCCAGUCCGAAUUUCGCUACCUUCUCAAGAGGUAUGCCGUCGCUGCGCAUAGCGCUGUGCUGGAAAACAACCAGGGUAUAUUGCAAGCUAUCAUGGGGGCCCGGAAUUACCUCUCUGCCAAUGUGCAGAGAGAGUCGCCCUUGUUUGAUAUCUACCUAGAACAUUUGCUCGAUGGCAUCAUCUCGCAAGGCGAUGUUCACGCGCAACAGAGCCACCACGCCAAGGAGUCGGACGUAGAGCUGGCUGCCCGCGAGAUUGCUCAAUUGCUUCCUCCCCUCGCCACUUUCAUGUCUGUCAAUCCCACGGCGUUUGACGGCUCCUCGGACGAUGAGACUCGCUCCAUGCUUCGCGAUGCCUGGUUCAAUAUCGUUGUGCACGGGUUCAGCCCGGCGUCUGACCGCGGGAAGCAAAAUAUCAAGCACCUCCGCAUCAUGGCUGUUUACUCUCCACCAUUGGUAUCGGAGAACCGCGGCGAGCAGGAUGAGAGUGACAUUGACCUCAAUCCUAUUCUCCGCAGAGGCGAGAGCUCUGAUCGGGAGUCACUGCAAAAGAAGCUUCUUAUCGAGCUGAUACCGGCUCGAAGCAGCGAGAUCAGGGGACUCAGCUACCGCAAGACCAUCUUUCUCCAUGCUGCCUAUCUCCUUGAAAGUCUACGCGCCGACGCCGGCGACUGCACCAAGGCGCUAUCAUACUUCCUUGAGCCCAGCACACGGCGAGGAGACGUGGGCAGGACCAUGGAUGGUAUUAUGAACGCCGUCGUGGACCGGUACCUGAUCAAAACCGUCAAUGCCGCAAAUCCCGCCUUCUCCGCCCAGUACGCGGCAACCCAGCUAGCAAAAAUCUUCUGCAGUUGUUGCCAUCGCAUCGAGCGAGUCCAGCAAGCUGCGUUUGGAUGCGCCGACCGACUAAUGCAGGUCGUACCGUCGGCGCUCUGCCAACGCUCGUCCCUUUUUGCCUUGCUUGAGCUUCUCUCGCUGAUGUGGUCCAGCUGUCUGGAAGCAGAGACGGAUCGGUACGAGCCUAGGACCACUUUCGAGUCCUCAAAGUGGGACGUUGUUGUCGAACUCUCCGACGACUACCAGUUCAGACAGCUGACUCUCGAGAGUCUGCACAAAAAAGCCAAGAGCUGGCUGGCAAGCGCCAUCAAUAUCGCUCCCGCCGAUGUCAAGGGACUACUGCAAACUUACCUGUCCGAGUUUGAUGACGAGAGCGCCUACGGCCACAUGUCCCUCGGCAGGUCGUUUGCUGUCGAGGUUGGCUCGACCAUCCCGUCGACUGAUCAGAGACUCUCGUCACUCGACAUGCUCAGUGAAUACUCCAUCAACACGGCGUCUGACUUCAUGGCGCAGUACACCACGCGGCAGGAAUACCGGUACUCUGAAGCGCUACCCGAUCACAGCUUGGAGUGGCUCAGCUUCAUGCGCUUGGAUCGCAGGGCGUCAUUUCUGCCAUCGUCCGAUAGUGAGAGUGCCGAUGCUAUAACAGCGCUUUCUCACAUCGAGCGGCGUAUCCUCGACCGGAAACCCACCUCGCUCGCCGACGUAAGAGAUAUUCUUCGUCGCGCUGCUGCCCUCCUUUGUCGCAGCGAGCACGACGAGUGCUCUAUCAUCCACUAUCUCGUGAGCAUCCCGUUUGCCAUGUUUACGAGGCAGUCAAUCAAGCUUGGCAUCUCGCUCUGGCUCGGCGUCAUGAACGAGAACCCAAGGAUGGAAUCUCGGAUCCUGGCCGAGAUUGUGCAGCGGUGGGAAUUUAGUGUACAAAAAAGACAAGGUCUAUUCAGCCCUACCAUCACCAGCCCCGACCCCUUCUUCCUCAGGCAAGACUUCGCACCCAGCGACAGCGCAGCCCUCUCCAAGCGUAAGCAACUCGUCCACAAUCUGCUAUCGCCUCAUUCUCGUCUCCUGCAGUUCCUGAGCAGCCACUACAAUGCCACCCGCUUGGGAACUCCUGAUACUCAUCACUUAUUCCUCCGUCUUCUUGACGUCACGUUGGACGCGGUGAAGAACUCGACCCCGCACCCAAUGGCUAGAGAAAUCCGGUUCCAGGUGGUGCUCUUUGGCCUCAAGGUGCUCAAGACAAGCACCACGAUGGGCGCGAUCGCCCAGUACCGACUAAAAGACCUGAUUCUCUCGGCAGGUCUCGGCUGGUUCAAGGCGCCACCACGCUGGUCCUUUGGAAGCAAUAAUCUCCAGCUCAAGACCGAGAUUCGGUUAAUGGAGGAUGUCUUGACAGCUUUGGCGGAAACUUCCAGCAUCGGCGCACAAUCUGUGGGCGGCGCAAUGAAGAGUCUUGCGCCCAAGGAGAAGCUGCUCGCGAUUCUCUUGGAGAGUGAGCAAUCGCGACUGCACGUCUGGGUUCGCCCUAUCGAAUCGGGCAGACCGCAAUCAACAACGUUCCAUCACUCGAGCAAGGAAAGCGCCUUUGAGGCCGCAAUCCAACCGCUUAUGCGGACAGCUUGGGCCGAGAACCCUUCCAUAGCAGUGCAUCUGGCGAGCAGGUUCCCAUAUCCGCGGAUCCACAAAGAGGUCCGCUGGUUGCUGCUGAACUUCCCCGCCAAGGCCGCCUCAGAGCCCGAGGCGAUCCCGAUUCUCAUUGACGGUGCCUUGCCCGAGGAUGUCAACUUCCAGCUCAAGUACCUGCUUUUCUGGGCGCCGGUCAACCCCAUCACCGCAGUGACGCUCUUUUUACCGGCAUAUCGGCAUCAUCCUUACCUGAUCCAGUAUGCCAUGAGGGCACUGGAGAGCCACUCAGUCGAUGUGACCUUCUUUUACGUGCCCCAAAUCGUGCAGACGCUUCGAUACGAUGCCCUAGGCUACGUGGAGCGCUACAUCCUGGAGACGGCUCAGUUUUCACAGCUCUUCGCUCACCAGAUUAUCUGGAAUAUGAAGGCAAAUGCUUACAAAGAUGACGAGUCUCAAAUUCCCGAUGAUAUCAAGCCAACCCUUGAUAAGGUCAUGAACGACAUGGUGAACAGUUUCUCUGAUGUUGACCGCGAGUUUUACGAACGCGAGUUUGCCUUCUUUGAUGAGGUCACCAGUAUCUCGGGCAAGCUCAAGCCGCUGAUCAAGAAAUCGAAGCCCGAGAAGAAACAAAAGAUUGAGGAAGAGCUGCGAAAUAUCAAAGUCGAGAUUGGUGUCUACCUGCCGAGCAAUCCCGAUGGUGUGGUUGUCGGCAUUGACAGAAAGUCUGGCAAGCCCCUGCAGAGCCACGCCAAAGCCCCGUUCAUGGCGACGUUCCGUAUCAAAAAGAACAAGGGUGGUGUGGAGGAGGCCGGCGAGGCGCUUGAGGAGAGCAUCAAGGCCAACAGCAACGUGGCCGCUCAAGCAAACACUAUUGAAGUGUGGCAGUCUGCCAUUUUCAAGGUGGGCGACGACUGCCGGCAGGACGUGCUGGCUCUCCAAAUGAUUGCCGCCUUUCGCGGCAUCUUCCACAGCGUCGGCCUCGAUGUCUGGGUGUUUCCCUACCGCGUUACAGCCACCGCGCCCGGCUGCGGCGUCAUUGACGUGCUCCCCAACUCCAUCUCCCGCGACAUGCUCGGGCGCGAGGCCGUCAACGGGCUGUACGACUACUUCGUGUCGAAGUACGGCAACGAGGAUUCCCUCCGGUUCCAGCAGGCGCGCAACAACUUUGUCAAGAGCAUGGCGGCCUAUUCGGUCAUUUCGUUCCUCCUCCAGUUCAAGGACCGGCACAAUGGCAACAUCAUGAUUGACGACGCCGGGCACAUCAUCCACAUCGACUUUGGCUUCUGCUUCGACAUUGCCCCCGGCGGCAUCAAGUUUGAGCGGGCACCCUUCAAGCUCACCUCGGAGAUGCUUGCCGUCAUGGGCGGCAGCCCGGACCACCAGGCCUUCAAGUGGUUCGAGGAGCUGUGCGUCAAGGCGUUCCUCGCGUCCCGGCAGCACACCGAGAAGCUGUCUCAGAUUGUCCUGCUGAUGAUGGACAGCGGGUUGCCCUGCUUCAAGCCGGAGAGUAUCAAGCAUUUCAAGGAGAGGUUUGUCCUGGAGAAGAGCGAGCGCGAGGCGGCCGAGUUUAUGCGCGGAUUGAUCAAGCGCAGCUAUGGCAGCUAUUCGACGGGAAUUUAUGACCAGUUCCAGUUGUUGACCAAUGGGAUUCCGUACUGAUAUUGUUUUGGGGGUCUUAGGAGUUGACGGGGCUUUCUUACUUUAGUUUGUAUACAGAGGAAGCGCACGACAAGGUACUAUAAGCGGUUAUAGAACUAUAGGAUAAUAUAUUUUAUGUGUAGGAC